ACCCAUCCAACCUAAAAUUUAGUUUUGAAUUUUUUGGGUUUUUCUUGUAACUAAUAAAGAAACAGUCAUCAUGACACCCUUAAAAAGUCUAGUAGAAUUGAUUUUUAACAAGCCACUGGGAGGUUUUUAUGAAAUCUGAGAUUAUGAAAUCCGAGAAAAAUAAUUCUUACAAGAGUGGGAAAAAUUGAGAAAAAAAAGAGCAUUUCAAAUGAUUGAACUUUUACUUGUAAAACAAAUAACUGACCAGCUCAUUUCCAUGCUUUCAUCCAUUUUUCUGCCUCUGAAAAGUCACUCUAGUGCAGCCUAUGUGAGCUUAAAAGCUCCCACCCAGCUGGUGUAAGAGCAGUGUACAUUAAAGAACAGAGGGGAGAAAAAGACUGUGCAGCUCUGGGGCUCCUGGUAACUCUGACAGUCAGAGGAGAGGCUGCAGCGAGGGCGGCUGCACGCACAGGAAAACAUCCGAUGGCCAGACUGAAAAACAUGUCUAAAGAGGACUCGAGUUAAGUCUGGUUUCAACUGGUUUAAAGUGCCUCUGGUUAUGAAAAUCUGCGCUUCACAACUCAAAUGAUGUUUGUGGAGUCCGUUGUCCGAUGGGGAACAUGGAGCAUCCUGCUCCAGUUCGGGCUCGGUGUAUCUGCAGGAAGCUGUCCUUCACGCUGCGCUUGUCGACCUGAAGUCAGAGAAGUGAUCUGCUCUGGCAAGUAUUUGAAUUCGGUGCCAGAAGGCUUUUCCAAUGACGCCAGACGCUUGGAUUUAUCCCGCAACAAAAUAAAGACAGUAGGACGGCGCCAAUUCUCUGGCCUUGUGCAACUUCAAGACUUGGACCUCAGUGAUAACUUAAUCUCCAUGAUUGAGGUGGAGGCUUUCUUGGGCCUCAAGAAUCUCAAAACUCUUCGAAUCAAGAAUAACCGUCUCAAGAUCCUCCCAGUCGGGGUUUUUUCUGGACUCUACAGCCUUCGUCUCUUGGAUUUGAGCCAGAAUGAGAUUCUGGUUUUCUUGGACUACACCUUCAAGGAAGUAGCCAACCUUCAAACGCUGGAAGCUGGUGAGAACGACCUCGUCUUUAUCUCCCAAAGAGCUUUCUUUGGUCUGCAGAACCUGCAGGAGCUGAACUUAGACCGCAGCAACCUGACCUCCAUUCCCACAGAGGCGCUAACCCAGCUGCAGAGCCUCACAGUGAUCCGCAUGUUUCGCCUCACCAUCUCCUCACUGCCCAACAAUGCUUUCCGAAGACUGCCCCGUCUGCGUACCCUCCAGAUCUUAAACUGGCCUGCGCUGGACACAAUUGCAAGCAACAGUCUAAUUGGUCUAAAUUUGACAUCACUCACUAUCAGCAGCUGCAAUUUGACUGCGGUUCCUUAUGCAGCACUUCGUCACCUGGUGUACCUGCGCUUCCUGGACCUGUCCUACAACCCCAUCACUGUUAUCCAGGGUAACCUCCUAGGGGACCUUCUGAGACUCCAAGAAUUACAUCUAGCUGGGGCAAGCCUGCUACGAAUAGAACCAGGAGCCUUUAAGGGCCUGUCCUUCUUUCGAAUGCUUAACGUAACAUCCAACAUGCUCACUACUUUGGAGGAGAGCGCUUUCCACUCCGUGGGGAACCUUCAGGUGUUGCGUUUGGACGGGAAUCCCCUUGCAUGUGACUGCCGGCUUCUCUGGGUGAUGCGGCGCAGGCAGCGCUUAAACUUUGACGGCCACCAGCCCACCUGUUCUUCUCCUGACGCUGUACAGCAGCGCGAGUUCAGAGACUUUUCUGAGAAGGAACUCGUCAGGCUCUUCACGUGUCGGCCGGCUCGUAUUAUGGACCGCAGGCCGCAGGAGGCGAGGGUUGAGGAGGGCACCACAGUUCUCUUUUCCUGCAAGGCUGAUGGGGAUCCAUUUCCAACCAUCACCUGGAUCUCCUCUCAUAAGAACACAGUUUCCCCCACAGGAAGAAUCAGAGUUCUACCGAAUGGAACUCUGGAAGUCCGCUUUGCCCAAGUUCAGGACAGCGGCACAUAUCAGUGCUUGGCAGUCAACGCUGCAGGCAAUGACAGCAUGUCUGUUGGGUUGUAUGUGAAAGGGGUCCCUCGUAACAAAACGACCCCUUUCUUUCUGGAAGAAAGCUGGGUCGAGCCCCCAGACCUCCAAAACGCCAACUCCUCUGCUCAAAUGGCCAAGCCAUACCCAUUUGAUGCCAAGACGCUGAUCAUUGCCACCACUAUGGGCUUCCUGUCCUUCCUCAGCUCGGUGGCCAUCUGUUUCGUCUUCAUGUUCUUCUGGAGCCAGAGCAAAGGUCAGAUCAAGCACACGGCAACGAUUGACUUUGUUCCACGCUCUUCUGUCGGUGGAGGAGGGGAUGGCGCCGAUGGCGGCAGGUUUACCAUGAAACUUAUUUAGACCAAUCGAAGGAAGUUUCUGUGAAUUUUUCUGCACUAUGAACUCACACUGCUACUCUGGAGAUGGACACCUGGUAUCAAAGGCUUCUCCAGAUGCCUGAUCAAAAAGAGUUUCUUGCUCCUGUGCCAGCCUUCUUCUACUUUUGUAGCUGAAAGUUACAUCCAGGCAUCUUCUCGCCUGUGUUUUGAAACUAAUGAUCGUACAGUCCUUGGGGUGAACAUCAUUAUGUAGACAGAGGUGUCUCAGUUUGUGUACAUUUAAUUUCAGUAAACAUUGAGUCAAUAUGCAUCAUUGGUUUCUUUUAUAUAAAGCAUGAACUUGUAAAAAAUGAAUUGAAUACAUUUUAGUCUUUGAAGACUAAAUCACAGUGGUAAAAGACAAUAAGUGCUGUUUGAUCAUCCAUGUUGGACUGAUAGACUUAUUUACUGUCUCUGCUUUGCCAUAUUCGACCCUUUUACACAAAUUCUGCUUUGGUUUUAAGACUUUAACUUGUGAGUAAAGCUUUGAUAUCCAUGUUUGGAAUAGAAUAGCCAAAUAUAUUCCUACUCUCUUCCUAAAAUUUAGACACUUUAGACCUUUUUAGAAUGUUAAGGUUUGGAAGGUUUAGGCAUCUGUGUUAGGUAGCCAUGUAAAUGGCAAUGUAUACUUAACUGUUUUAUACUUUUACAAGUUUUUUUUUUAGAUCAACUGCACCUUUCCUUUUGUUAUUUUCUGUCUCAGCAUGCUAUGAUUUUAUAUAUAUUUUGUAUCCGAACGAAACGCUGAAAACUAUGUGCCUCACUGACAGUCUCACCAUCGACAGAGAGAAUGCUGUCCUUGAUCUGCGUUAUCUUGUAAAUAUUUAGGUCAAGGUUGACUUGUGUCCUACGUAUAUUCUAUAAUUUUAUCCAGUCCUGGGGAUUAGUGUCACUCACAUAUGCCCGUCUUGUAUACCAAACUGAGUAGAUGCAUUAGGCUGUGUACAAAAACACUUAACCAUGCCUGAAAUGAAGUUGUGCAAGAUUGACAUAAUUGUUUUUUUGCUGUAAAAUAUUUUCAUGUUGUCAUUAAAUACCGGUUUGAACCUGC